AUAUAUAGAAAUGCCAUCAUCGCACGGAUUGGGUGCCCUGGUGCUGCUGAUGGCCACCACGAUGGGCAGCGGCGAGGCGCUGAGACGGAACUUUGAUGCCCGCCAGACGAGCGUCAACUCGAACAUUCCGCUGUGGAAGCAACGCGCCUGCGAGAAGACGCAAAAGUACAAGAUGAACUCGCACUACACCUGCGACGAGAAGGGCGACGUGAAGUGCCUGCCCGGCUGGCAGGGCGAUCUCUGCCAGGUGCCGAUGUGCCGGCGCGGCUGUGAUCCCAUGAAUGGCUAUUGCCAGCGACCCGGCGAGUGCCGCUGCCGGAUCGGCUACACCGGGGAGCAGUGCGACAAGUGCAUACCGCUGCCGGGCUGCCAGCACGGCACCUGCAGCAAGCCGUUCGAGUGCAUCUGCAAGCCCGGCUGGGAUGGCCUCUUCUGCACGGAACCCAGCUGCCGCAGCGGCUGCCACAGCACGAGGGGCUACUGCGAGGCGCCCGGCGAGUGCCGCUGCCGGAUCGGCUGGGCGGGCCGCAGCUGCAGCGAGUGCGCCACAAUGCCGGGCUGCCAGCACGGCAGCUGCAACAAGCCGCUCGAGUGCAACUGCCAGCCGGGCUAUACGGGCCUGCUCUGCCAGACAGCGCUCUGCGCCUCCGACUGCAGCAAGCAGCAUGGCUAUUGCCGCAAGCCUGGCGAGUGUCGCUGCAAGGUGGGCUGGACGGGCGCACAGUGCGACAAGUGCUUCCCCUAUCCCGGCUGCGUCAACGGCGACUGCGAGGCGCCCUGGGAGUGCAACUGCCGGCCCGGCUGGGGCGGCAUGCUCUGCGAUGAAAGGCUGAGCUACUGCCUCGACAAUCCGGAGACCUGUGCCAAUGGUGGCAAAUGCGUCUCGCUGAGCCGCGAGGAUGGCAGCUAUCGCUGCCAGUGCCGCCAGGGCUACCUGGGCAAGAACUGCGAGAUAUUGGAUGAGUUUCUGCUGACCUCUGUGGCGCCACCGCGCAUUACGCCGCCGCCGCUGGAGCCGGCGCCGGCGCCUGAUGACAACAGCAGCCACACGGAGCUGGCAACAAAGUUGCCAACGCUGGGAUUAGGCGAGGCCACAGCUGCACCAACAACAACAGCGAGGACAACAGCAAUGGGCGAGGCACUGGCACUGGGUCUGGGGCUGGGCGCAGAGACCGCAGCCACACGCCUUGCCAGCCACAAUGCGUCUAAUGAAGCGUUAAGCGGCAUUGCAGCUGCUGAGGAGGCGACAACAACGAGGCGUGCCACACCCUCAACAGCAACAGCAACAGCAGCAACAACAACAACAGCACCACAAACACAAGCUGAGGCUAAUGCAACAAGUGGGUCGCCAUCUCCCGCUCCAGUUUCAGCUCCAGCUCCAGCUCCAGCAGGGGCACAGCUCAGUGCACACAGUGAGCAGCUGACGGCGACGACGACGACGGCGCCCGUCAAGGCUGAUGAGGGCGACGAGGAUGAGGACGAGGAGGAUGAGGACGAGGACGAGGAUGAAGAUGAGGAGGACGAGGAGGAGGAUGGCGACGAUUAUGAUGAUGAGGAUGAUGACAAUGAUCAAAUCAUACCAAAUAUUAUUUGA